AUGGUAUCUGCUUGCCAAAAAGUCUAUCCCUGCGACAGGAUUCUGACGCAGCGGAUCUUCAAAUCUACAGUGAAUACCGCUGUUGCGUUCAUCUUUAUUCUGAUUCCGAAAGUGAGGGAACAUUUGGGUACCGAACCGGCCAUGCUGCCCCUGAUCUCGGUGAUGGUUCACCCGGGGAGAAGGGUGAGCGGCACCAUUCAGGGAGCUAUCUACUGUAUCACUGGGCUGAUAUUCGGUCUGGCGUACUCGAUAUUCGGGAGGUUUCUUGCACAGCAGUGUAUUGGUCCCUCUUGGAGGACUGUCAGUGAGGUGAACCAGGUUUUGUACAAUUACAAGAGAUUUGAGGCAGGUUUGGCGAUACUGGCGAUGUUUGAGACUUUCAUGCUGUUUUUCCACGGGUGGAUGAGAUCCAUGUCGCACCACUACUUUGGGAUUGUCUUCCCACUUUUCCUUGUGGUGCAUUUCACUUUCUUGGCGCCACUCACAUCAACUCCGGGGAUCAUCGCAAAAUCGUUCAGUACCCCGUUCUACAUGGGGAUAGCCAUGUCGCUCUUCUGGAACAUUGUAUUGUUCCCAGAAUUUGGCUCCACGUACCUCGGUAACGCCACUGUAGGGGCGCUCAACGAGAUCCAUAAGGACCUCAACGAUGCGGUCAAGUUUUUCAUAUCGUUGGACAACACAGCACCACAACUCUACAAGACUCCGCCGGUCACUCUACCGAAAUUGUUGAAAUAUAAGACCGCGAUCACGAAGCAAGUAGCAAACUGCGACCUUGUGCUCCAGGAAUGCAUCUACGAGAUCUCUUAUUCGUACGUCUCGCCAUACAGCGUCACGGAUAUUCUGAAAGUCUACAAAGACAUGUCCAUAUUCAUCAAUGGUAUCGUGAAUGCAUGCCAAUUGCAAUUUAUUCUACUGGGGAGAACAGACACAUACUCCAGCGAGGACGUCGAGUUUUACUCCAAGAAGGAGAUAUCGUUCGCCAACGCGGACAAGCUGUUGUACGUCCUGGAUCAUAUCCGCCUACCUAUCUUCAACCUGCAUAGACAGAUGAGCAAGUGCCUCUACGAAGUGUCUGCUCUUAUCGCGUACUCAUACGAUGUCGACUUGAAAAAAGUUUACCAUGACCCAGAUCUCUCAGAAGAUUUUUGCCCAAGAUUGUUGGAUAAGAACAGUCUUCAAGCAUUGGAUCUCAAUGCUUCGGUCGCCAGACUUCAAGAGUUGUUGGAGGAGUUCGACUCCUUUUUUAAACAAGAACUGCUAGACAGUUCGAGAGACUUGCUGACCCCUAACGAUGAGAUGUUUUUGCUGUCGUCGUUUUUGAUGAAUUUCAAAGAGGUCACUAAUGAAGCGGUCCGUUUAAAUAGCACCAUAAAGGAUAUCUUCCAGUACAGGCUGGAUCGAGAGAAGAAGGGCUGGAUGAGAGGAAAAAAACUAUGGUUUACUUUUCUCAAGAAUUUCCAAUCAUUGAAGAGGUGGUACGUGGGUAACGCCACGAACGUUACUGAAAAUGAUUCGUUGAAGGGUGUCCUGCACAUGGAAGGUGUAACGGAACUGGUGGCCCGCAGACCAACAUACGCGGAAAACGAACUACUGAUGCAGAAAACUACCACACAAAGAACAAGCAUCUCCACGAACCAAAGCCUGUUGCCGACUAGCAACGUUGAGCAGGUAACUAGGAGAAAAUUCAUUAACAUUAGAACAUCAGUGCUAGAUUUCAUGAUUUGGUGUGACAAUUUCUACAAAAGAUCCAGGGACCACUUCCGGUUUGGAUUCCAAGUCGCUUUAGCCUUGAUGCUUGCCUCGUUUCCUAUGUUUGUUCCAUCUAUACGGCAUUGGUACAUCGACUAUCGGGGUGCAUGGAUUGGUUUCGUGUGCAUCCUAUGUCUGGAGCCCUCGGUAGGUGGCACCUUCUGGGUGUUUUUCCUAAGAGCAGUUGGGGUGGUCACCGGCGCUGUAUGGGGGCUUGUGUCGUACUAUGCGGGGACGCAUCAGAAGGAUCCGUACUUGGAGGUUGUCAUCACCUUGUUUGGUGCAGUUCCUGGGUUUUACUUCCUACUGGGUACACCGUACGUCAAAGCUGCCAUUAUUCAAAUCAUCAGUAUUUAUAUUGUGAUGGCUGCAGCUAUCAUUCCCUCGUCAGUACCCGGAGGGAUUGUGGUUAACUUCGCCAAAAGAUGUCUUGCAGUAGCAUAUGGAGGUGGUGCAGCACUUCUUGUACAAGUGUUUGUGUUUCCUAUCAAGGCAAGGGAUCAGCUCAAUGAGGAAGUUGCAUUUGUUUGCGGGUGUAUUUCAGAACUAGAGUUGAUAUACGCAACUAAUCUAGAGGGCGAACCGUUUCAGUUGAGCAUGGGUGAUAAGAAAUACGAGAGGAUGGUUAAGAUUUCGAACUCAGCAAAGGCUGCUCUAAGCCGUGCUGAAGCCUUCAACAAACUGACCAGGCAGGAACCAAGGUUACGGGGGAGCUUUACCGAACUGGAAAAGAUCUUCACCCAAAUUAUCUUCAUCCAACGCCAGAUUGUUGAGAGGAUGGAUACUGUGGCUCUUAUUCGAAAGCAGUAUGGGAGCGCAGUCAUCGAAGAGUUGAAUAGUACUGUGUAUCCUUACCGGAGGCAGAUGGUCGGCAAUUUCACAUCUUUGAUGAGAGCGCUACAAGAGGCUUUCACGACAAGAAGUCCAUUGCCUCAGUUCCUGCCUAGCACAAGAGUAUCUCACCGAAGACUGAUCAAUAAAGUUCGGCAAAUUCUGGAGGUGAGGACGAAAGUUGGUGUGCCGAGGAGGGAAAAAAUCAUUAAGGAUCUAUCUCCACUAGACGUUGAAACCGAAGAUGAGGAGGAAGAGGAGGCGUUGUCCUUCAGUAAUCUAAAGGGGACCAAAAUGACAAGAUCCUCGUCGAACGGAGAGACUUUACCAAACGAGCAAGAUUUUCUCUUGAAGGAAAAGUAUUUGUCAUGGAACGCUUCGAGUGCCGCUAUGGAGGAGAUUAUCGAGUAUAUGGAGGAGUUGCUGUAUUUAACGAAGUUGGUCGUAGGCGUCAAUGAGUUCAAAUACGGAUUUUUAUCGCGUCCGUUGUAUGAGGAUUGGGCUGCAGAGGCGAUCAGGGGAUUUGAUGAGUUUAUUAAAGGCAAGCUUGCAAGUACUGAAAGUACGUCAAGUGGAAGUAAUUCUUCCAACCAGCAGGAUGCUGCAAGUGCCCCUCCCUCAGUUAGCCCUCAACAACCGUCUCUGUUAUCUGGUACCGAGGAGGAGAGCAUUCGGAGUGGUAUAUCUUCAACAAUCGAAGAAAAACCUGUGCCCUUGAAUGCAGGUAACUUGAACAAAGAAGAUGGAAAUUUCAUAAGUAGGAGACAAUCACUAAAUCUAGCCAGGAUUGCAUCGUCUAGAAAGGGCGAACAGUUACCGAAAAACUUUAGAGAUAGAACGUACUCCAUCGGUGGCAGGACUGGACUGGAAUUUAGCAAGACCAAUCCUUUGAACAGAACGAAAACGCUUGGUGAUGCAGAUUCGGAAUAUGCGGAGAGUGGUGAUACAUCUGAUUCAGACGAAGAAUUGCCUCUAGCAUUGAGAAGAGUUGUUAACAGGAUGACGAAAAAAGGGAAUUAA